AUGCGAGGAAGAGGGAGAGGUUCAAUGCGGUUCUUUGGUGACCGAGGCGGGAUGGAGCGCGGGGCGGGAUCGUUUCGUGGGAGAGGCGGCAGCCGCAGUAUGGGGGGAAGAGGAUUUUCACGUGGUGCUGGCACAAGCAGAGGAGGCAAUAACACGGGUUAUACGGCCACAAAGCACAACGAACCAUUGGAUGGUAGUGGUCGUAACAGCAAAACUGACAACAAUAAAUUCAGCACUAACGACAAAAGCAUCGCCGGAAAGGCAGUUGACAAGCGCCCUGUGCCGAGUCAGACCCAGCGCGUUGUAACCACGGUGACAGAAAAUGGUACGGAGUUACCGAAAAAACUCAACACCAAGGUGUUUGUUGAUGGUCUGCCAUACGAAAACGAGGUGAAGUCGAGCUCGCUGAGUGUGGAGGAGGAGUUGAUGCAGUUUGUGAUUGCAUGGAAGGUGGGAAAGCCACUGCGCCUCAUCAAGAAGGACGGACAGGGUUUUGGGUUCCUUGUUUUCCAAUCUCCGCACAGCGUGGAUGUUGCAGUGCGGGUUUUGAAUGGCCGCAAAUUCCUUGGGCGUUCACUGCGAGUGGAGGUGCCGAAACCGAGGGAUAUGGAAGGUGCUGGGGGAUCUUAUGGUGCCAAUGAUUCCGGGAAGUGCAGUUAUGCCCGACAAGUUCUUCUUUCAGACUUAGCUAAGGUAGCACAACCGGAGAUUAUCCGAGAGAUUCUGAGGGACGUGGCACCCCAGUUAGAGAAGCGCUUGGAUUCAAUAAAGAUGACCUCCAAGAAUCGGAAAGCUUUCUUGACCUUCCAGUCCUCCGAGGACGUCGAGGCUGCCGUGAAGUUCCUUGAUGGGUUUUCUAUGUUCGGUCGUCGUAUCAGCGCAGCGCAGGCUGCAGCGCCGGGGUCAUUACCGUAUUCCAAGGCCCCCAUUCGCAGUACCGCACUUCAUGCCGCCGAAGGUGUGCUGGUGGGAGACGGUGACGCCGAUAUGGUUGCGGCCGCCGGGCCCAAUCACGGGGAUGAGGGUGAAUUAGUCGUGCCUUUGGGCCUCGAUGUUCCUCCGGCAAACAGACCAGUGAAGGGAAUGGAGAAGCGGAAGCCUGCGCCCGCCGCAGCUGCAAAGCCCAAUGCGCUUCCCAGCAACAUCACUGGUGUGACGGAAAAAUAUAACUUACUUGACAAUGGUCCUGCAGAGGUGUUUGUUGGAAAUUUAGGUGAAGACGUGACGGAAGAACAACUGAAGGCCCACUUUUCGGUCUGUGGGAAAAUAAACAGCUGCAAAAUUAUCGUGAAUAAGAACACCAGGUUGCCCACGGGUAUUGCAAGUAUCGUAUUCGCUAUCCCUGCUUAUGCUGCAUAUGCGCAGAAACAUAUGCAUGGCUCCUGCCUCCGUGGGCACGUUCUUCGGGUGGAUCGUGGUGAAGAGGCCAGCGCCCCACUCGUCUCGGAGUUGCCGCCGCGGGAUGAUGAGGAAACAAUUGACGAGGACGGUUACAUGGAGCAUUUCGGUGUUACAAACAAGAAAGAGUACUUCAAGGGCACGUCAUUCGAAGAGAAACCCGGCUGUGGGAAGAAGAGGGCGAGGGACAGCGAAGCAGGCGGUGAGAAGCGAAAGGGCAAGGGUAAGAAGAAUAAAGGUGAACCUCCGAAAAAAGCAUCGUCGCCGAAAACCUCACAUGGCUGCGGCACAAAUGGGAGUCACCACUCUCGCGGUGAUGAUGACGACGACGACGACGAGGAGCAUUUCUUCGAUGUUGAUGAGGGUGAUAACGUUCGGGCAAAGCCCACAGGGAAACAAAAGAACACCAAGAAGGGAGCUCCCGUUCCCCGGAAGGGAGUGAAAAAAAAGGGGAAGGGGAAGAAAUCUUCUUAG